UUGUCACGUGAUAAGGGCGGAAACUGCCUCCUAGUCCACGCUGAAUCUCCCGCGAACGCGGCCAUUUACUCUUUUCUCUCCUCUCAACAGCACCGGUGAGUCUCUGGUUUCCUUCUCCCAUCGUGGCCCGACUUUGACUAUAAAGAGUAACCAUGGCGGACUCAAUGGCUCAGUGUGUGGCGGUGUUCAAGCUCGUGUUAGUUGGAGAUGGAGGCACCGGGAAAACAACUUUCGUGAAGAGACACAUCACAGGAGAGUUUGAGAAGAAAUAUGUCGCUACUCUGGGAGUAGAGGUGCACCCACUGAUGUUCCACACCAACAGAGGAGCCAUCAAGUACAAUGUGUGGGACACAGCUGGUCAAGAGAAGUUCGGAGGCCUGAGAGAUGGAUACUACAUCCAAGCUCAGUGCGCUAUCAUCAUGUUUGACGUCACUUCUCGAGUCACUUAUAAGAAUGUGCCUAACUGGCAUCGUGACUUGGUCCGUGUAUGUGAGAACAUUCCCAUCGUCCUUUGUGGCAACAAGGUUGACAUAAAAGACAGGAAAGUCAAAGCCAAGAGCAUCGUGUUUCACCGCAAGAAGAACCUGCAGUACUACGACAUUUCGGCCAAGAGUAACUACAACUUCGAGAAACCUUUCCUGUGGCUAGCAAGGAAGUUGAUUGGUGAUCCCAACCUGGAAUUUGUGGCCAUGCCUGCCCUCGCUCCUCCAGAGGUUCACAUGGACCCAACAUUAGCUGCGAAGUACGAGCACGAGCUUCAAGUUGCAUCAGAAACAGCAUUGCCAGAUGACGAAGAUGACCUCUAACCUGUUUCCCAAAUUGUCCCUCUCCCUCCUAGCUAUGGACAGGAAGUUGUUGGAGUCUUGACCCCCUUCCCUUACUGUAAAAUCCCUUUUCAGAUUUUUUUUAUUUUUGAAUUUUUUCUGUUUGUUUUAAAACUAAGAAAGAUAACUUGGUGGAAAAAGUUGUGCUUCUAAUUUCACUGUAUAAGACACACCCCACCCUAGUGUUGUCAUUGGCAUGGGAACGUGCUACUCUUCAUCGUCGAGCACCCUCCACUGCACUUAACCAGCCCACAGAAUGCUGUUGUAUGGUGUAUUGGAAAUGCUAUGGGGAGUAAACUUUGAAUAAAAACAUUCUCAAUAUGA